UGCAGGCUGAAGCAGCGUCAAAGCGAAGAAGCUGCAGCAGCAGCAGCAGCAGCAGCAGCAUCAGUCCUCGGGACUCGAUCGUUCCCCUCAUCGCAUCAAGAAGGCGCAUUCAGGCAGUUCAGCUAAAUAAGUGACUCCUCAUAUUGCAAUGGUUACACCGUCAGUCUGGAUUUUCUCAAUAGACAAGCAGGAGCUGCAAUGAAGGCAGGGGCCUCGUCCAUGUGGGCUUCAUGCUGUGGUCUGCUGAAUGAAGUCAUGGGUACCGGGGCCGUCAGAGGCCAGCAGCCAGGGUUUGGGGCCGGUGCUGGACCCUUCAGAUUUGCCCCCAGUGCGGGAUACUCCACGUACCCGCCCACCAGCUCAGGGAGCCCCGGUCUUGUGUGUAAGGCCUGCGGUCAGGCCUUCUCGGUCUUCAGGAGGAAGUAUAUAUGCUGUGACUGCAAGAAGAGCUUCUGCUCUCUGUGCUCCGUGCUUCAGGAGAAUCUGCGCAUUUGUGCCACAUGUCACUUGCUGAAGGCGACAUCUUUUCAGCGGCCGCGGCUCAUGCGCCUACGAGUCAGGGACCUGCGUCAGUACUUGCUACUCCGUAACAUCCCCACAGAUACCUGCAGGGAAAAGGAAGACCUAGUGGACUUGGUGCUCUGUCACCAAGGCAUUGAGGAAGAGGACGACCCCGACGUGGGCAGCCUUCACUCCCGUUCCCUGUAUACACCGACACCUUCUACCACGCAGUCAGCCUCGGAGCUGUCUACUUUUGUUGCCUCUCAGGAGGAGCCGCUCAGCAGAAGUGAUAGCUCUGAUACCAACCAGGAUAUAGGUGAUGCUACAUCUGUGUCUCUCCUCAACCUGGACGCCAGUGAACACUCUCCUGAGGUCAGUCCUCAGACGCGACGUCGGGCCAGAGCAUCUCUCUCAGACAUCUCCAGCUUGCGGGACAUCGAAGGCCUGUCUGUCAGGCAGCUGAAGGAGAUCCUGGCCCGGAACUUUGUCAACUAUUCAGGGUGCUGUGAGAAGUGGGAGCUGGUGGAGCGCGUCAGCAGGCUGUACAGAGAGAAGGAGGAGAACAGGAAGUCAUUGGAAAAUGUGAGCAGUGCUGUAACCACAGUGGUGGCCUUCCCUCCUUCCCCUCCCAUCUGCAAUGGUGCCAUCGGAGAUGGUGAGAAGCGUCCACUGACGAUCCACGACGACAACCUCUGCAGGAUCUGCAUGGAUGCUAUGAUCGACUGCGUUCUCCUGGAGUGCGGUCACAUGGUCACCUGCACCAAGUGCGGCAAGAGGAUGAACGAGUGCCCGAUCUGCAGGCAGUACGUCGUGAGGGCCGUGCAUGUCUUCAAGUCCUAAUGCACCUCUGCUACACCGCCGCACCUGCCUGCUUCAGAUCAGCUGCAGCUCAGACUGAGACUGUACUUUAAAUCAGCCAUGCAGCUCACAACAUUUGAAAUCCCCAAAAGACUUAUUUUGUGGAUGUUCCAUGUUUGUAUUACCUAAUUUCUCACUUUAUUUGCACAUUGAGAUAUUACGAGAAAUGUGUUUUUCUUAAGACUCUGACUCCAGUUUCACCAGUGGGCAGUGUGGGACCGUACCCUCCUAUGAGUCAUUCCUCAAGUAAACAUAUCUCUAAUCUGUGUUCAUUCCGAAGUGAUUUACUUUUCUUACAUAUUUUCAAAGCAAAGAAUGUGUGGCACUCAGCCACGAACAGUCUCGUCAAACACAACUCAUCACCCUCAGAUCUGCCUAUAAACUGUAGCUGGCGCUCAGCACUGCUGAGUAUUCUUAAGAGCACCUCUCUUUACAACUGCUGCAAGUUGACUACAUAUCUUAGUAACACAGAGGACAGACACACACCGAAGCCCACAUCAGGAGAGAGGGAGUGACUGAACUAGGUGCCAAAUAAUGGGUCAUGCCCUGAUGCUUCUCACCCGUACUCUGCCCUCGACUGUGUUGGGCCGGCGCGUGUCUGUUGAUUCUUCAGCACGUUGUAUCAGAAAGCACUUUGUUCACACUGUGUUUAUGCACCACUACUCACAAUCCACUGCAAACUAUGACCAGAAAUGGUGGCUGAGGUAGCACUUGUACUUAUUCUCGAAUUCUCGUCAUAACUUAAUCUUGACUGAUGGAGUUUUGAAGGCCUCUUACUUUGUCAAAGGUAUACCAUGCAGGAUUUUCCUAAAACAAAUCUAACAAUAGACCCAUACAAAAAUAAUCCCUCUCAAUCAUCACUAAUGACCCUGUUGAAGUGUGUCACGUUGUCUGUAUCAGCGGAGACCCUGCCCUCUGCCUGUCUGUUUUAAAUGUAAUUAUUUGGCUGUGACAUCAGUCAUUCUGGAAAGAGGAGCUGGAUUGUUUAGUCUCAGUCCAAAGUCAUAACAUACCAACGAUUCUGACCUUUUCAGACCAGGUGGACAGUAGUCUCUCUUAACCUGCCAAUGUUAGCACCAGGUGUGUGUGCAAAUUCUAAAACAUUGGCGCCCUCUUGUUACUUCAGCAUUUAAUGCUAUCUUUAAGUGGUUUCUGAUUGUAAAGAAGUGUCCGCUUGUCGUGGCAUCGCAGUUCCCACAUGCAUGCUUCCUAUACCGAAAGCGCAUCUUGUCUGCUGUCGUUUCUAAGUACGUCUUACUUGCCAACAUUUAGCAGUCAUUUGCUGAUUUCAUCCAUUCCACACCAAAUUUAUGGAAGAAGACAACAUUAUUAUUGACAGUGAGCAUACAUUAAGCAAACAUCAACGAAUUUUGUCUCCCUUAAGAAAUUGCUCAGUUUUGUGAGUUGUGUCUGUGUGUGUGAGGAGACACUUUUAAACUUUAUCAAACACUGUCCACAAAUGUCCACAAACUGUACCACAAAUUGAAAACUAUCUUGGGCCCUCUUGUUUAGUCCUGACUUCCCUCUUUUAAAUUGGUGAUGUUUAAUUAAAUCACCUGUUAUUAGCCUCA